GCUGCGCCCGGGGCGGGGUCGCGCGCGGGGCGUGUCCUCGCAGGCCCCGGGCCGAGCAUUCUCUGCACUCCGAGUGAUCGCUCCUUCAGUGGCUGCCGGGGCUGGUAUUUCAAAACGUGGUUGAUCUGGUGGCUCUGAGAACCAUUUUGACCACUGCUUCAUUUACCAUAGGAGGAGUGGCAAGAUCCCACCUGCUAGGUGAAGGGCAGAUCAGUGACUUUUGACCUGUCCCUGCUGGUCCUGACUUCCAGUGUUGGAGGCCUGGUGCUUCGGGUCAUCUGACCUCCUCCCCAUUUCUCCAGGCCCAGGAUGGGUGAAUUCAAUGAGAAGAAGGCAACAUGUGGCACAGUCUGCCUCAAGUAUCUGCUGUUCACCUACAACUGCUGCUUCUGGCUGGCCGGCCUGGCCGUCAUGGCAGUGGGCAUUUGGACACUGGCCCUCAAGAGUGACUACAUUAGUCUGCUGGCCUCAAGUACUUACCUAGCCACAGCCUACAUCUUAGUGGUGGCUGGUGUCGUUGUCAUGGUGACUGGAGUCCUGGGCUGCUGUGCCACUUUCAAGGAGCGUCGGAACCUGUUACGCUUGUACUUCAUCCUGCUCCUCAUCAUCUUCCUCCUGGAGAUCAUUGCUGGCAUCCUGGCCUAUGUCUAUUAUCAGCAGCUGAACACAGAGCUCAAGGAGAAUCUGAAGGACACCAUGAUCAAGAGGUACCACCAGUCAGGCCACGAGGGUGUGACCAGUGCUGUAGACAAGCUGCAGCAAGAGUUCCACUGUUGUGGCAGCAACAGCUCUCAAGACUGGCGAGACAGUGAGUGGAUCCGCUCUGGUGAGGCAGACAACCGCGUGGUUCCUGACAGCUGCUGUAAGACUGUGGUAACUGGCUGUGGCAAACGGGACCAUGCCUCCAACAUCUAUAAAGUGGAGGGAGGUUGUAUCACUAAGCUGGAGACCUUCAUUCAGGAGCACCUGCGAGUCAUUGGGGCCGUGGGCAUUGGCAUUGCCUGCGUGCAGGUCUUCGGCAUGAUCUUCACCUGCUGCUUGUACAGAAGCCUCAAGUUGGAACACUACUGAUCAUGCUGGCAGGCCACGUGGCCAGCCUUGCACUACAUCCCAGCCCCACUACUGAAAACUACUGACUUAGACUGCUGACUGCCAGAAGUAGCUUCAAGUGCCUUUCACUGCACACCAAAGUCCCAAAGCUUGAGGCAGCGUACUUUGCCCCAGCAUUAAGAAGAGGGGGCACAUAUGCCAGUGUUGGGCUAGGCCUGGCUAGUAGAAAAGGGUUUAGAUUACUUGACGGAAGUGCCCCUCAUGCACAGACUGCUUACCUUUAGGUAGCUGUGAUCUGCAGUAAGUCUGGGGAGAACCUGGGCAUACCACUACACGGUGGGUAAAAGCAGGUGGGAAGGGGCCUUUCUGGUUGGACCAGGCACCUUUCAUGCCUGCUACCGGGAACCCUUAGAUCUACCUGCCCCAAACAAAUGGGGCAAGCUGAGGGGAACACUGAUCCCACACUUUAUGCUCUGUCCUCUCCACACAGGCCUCUUGCUCCUAACAGCCUCAGCCCUGGCCUUUUCUCACUACUGAUAACACUGUGUAAAUGCUCCAUGUUCCUGUACACUGUCUUCUUUUAGAACAUCUCUGGGUGGAACAUGGCUGUUUUCAUUCACUGCUGUAUCCCAGAUGCCCACAAAUGCUCCUGCUCUGUAACGGGUGCUCAAUAAAUGUCUAAGCAGCCGAGUCAG